UAUUUAGAACGAUUAGUUAAUACCUAAGUUAUGUACCUAUUUAAAGGUUGGUUGAGCGUAUGGAGUGCUAAGACUUUAAGUACUUAUAACUAACUAAACAAAUUAAAACGAUAAAAACAUUUAUUAUUCUCAAAAAUGUUGAAUAUUUUAAUGGUUUUAAGUUACGUAAAAAAAUAUUUCCAAUAACAUAAACAUUAUAGUGGCCACAUUGUGACUCGUGCAUUACUAUUGAUCUCAUCAGCGUGCGAUAUAUAUAGAUAUAUUUUUAUAUUUUUUGAGAGUAGCCUCGACUUAAAUCGAUUGUUUAAGGUAUAUAAUAGGUAGAACUUAUAUUGGCUAUUACUCAUGAGAAUCAUUUUUUUUUGUAUUUCAAUGGUGUAAUUUUCUCGAAAUGAUUGAAUUUCACGUUUAAGUCUCUUACUCUCAUCAGCAUUGUCUUUUGACAUCCACACAUGGCAACAGGCUACCUACAAAUCUAACAUAUAGAUAUUGGCUAUAGACACAUCAUACGUAUAUAUAUAUAGACGGAAUGAUCGUUUUCACAAACGGUCACGCGGCGCCGAUCAGCUGAUAGGUAGUGUUUCGUCCGGCGCCGUUUGUAGUGUAUUAUUAUUCAAUACUUAUAAUAGUAUAAAAAUAUAAAAUAUAUUAUAGAUUACAUAAAGCAUCCCUUUCAUCGUGAGGAACUAAUUGUAGACAAUAUAAGAACGAUGAUAAUAAUCGAUAAAAAAAAAUGAAUCAUCUUCCUUUAUGAACAAAUAACGGUAUAAAUAUAUUAUAUAAAAAAUGGAUGUUUGUCUGUCUGUCUAUAUUCAUUUGUUUGUUAGCUAGAGACUCAACAACUACCGGACCGUUCUCAAUAGAUGUUAUAUUCCUUGAGACUUGUAAGGUGUUUAAUGUGUAUUUGUUCAAUCCCUGCAUACCAGUGGUUAAGAAAUCUGUUCACAAAGAUGUAUUCAAACAAAAGUUAAUACAACACGAGGUUGGAAUUAGAAAACGAUUAAUUCAAAGAUGGAUGCAACACAAGCCGACAUGUGACUAUGUGAAAAUAAAUAGGAAAUAUAUGUCAGCUGUAUAUCUAUCAAAGAUAUACUUCCAACAAUAAUAUUGUUCGGUUAUUGGAUGUUAAUUUCUUUGAUGGUACUUAUGUUUGAACUAGCUUAUCAUUUACUUAUGAACUACAUGAACAAUACAUUUUAAAAAGCAGACAA